UCCAUCGGAGGCUCCGUAGCCGCUACCGAACGACCGACCAGCACAAUCACUCGCACGCGCUUUAAAGGUGUAGACUUACCUCCGGAGCAGCAGCAGCAGCAGCAGCAGUAGUAACAUUUUCCACAAGCACCUACACCUGUGAGGCGAGCGGAAUAAACCAACACGACGGACAGAUAACAACGUCCAACGACAUCGCAGCCUCCGGAUAACAGCACGGCCAGUCGGGCGAAGAUCGUUCACCGGAUGGGAAGCCCUGCCGGUCGUCGCCAAGUAGCAUCCACGGGAUUAACCUUGUGAUCAAAGUGUGCGCGUGUAUUUGUACGUGUGAAGGUGGUGCUUACGGGAGGGACAGCAAGAGAUACCAGUGUGAAUUACGCGCUAUUGCAGGGUGAAAAGCUUUGGAGAAGCUUCACCUCAACAUCCCGUACCGAGAGAGCGAGCAGAGGGGUUUUUGUUCCCGGGAUUGUAUGUAAAUUUCACCCCCAAAAGCCCCCUCCACCACAAGCUAAUUGCUAGCUGUUCGAUAACAAGCCGCUGUUCGAAGGGGCCUCGAUACCCGUGACCGUCAACAAACGAUAUUAUUAGCCGUUGGUACGCCGAUCAAGCACCACCUAACACCCUUUCUCGGUGUCCGAUAAGUGUUUUUGUGUUUGCCUGUGCUAGUGGUUCGUUGUUCGUGUUAAACAAAACCACCAUGCUAGUCGAGGAGCCCCCACGACCCAUCGGAAGGCGGACGAGGCGCUCACUUUCGCCUAAAAAUAGGCAGCUGCUGGCGAUCUGCCUCUGUGCACUGCUCGCCCUACCGCAGGCGGCCCUCGGCCGCAAGGUGGCCCUGUCGCGCGUCACCAAACCGACCGGCCACCGGGGUUACGCGAACGCGGACAUUGCCAAGCUGAGCUACUCGCCGAGCCAUGCGGCCCCCGCGUCGGCAGCGAAACCGGUCGCGCCCGUCUACUCCUCCGCACCGGUCGCCGGUGGACACCCGCAGUCGCCAGUGGGGGCACCACAUGGUGGUGGUGGUGGACAACCUUCGUACGGCUGGCAGGUUCCCCAGGGGGCACCGGGAGCGUCGGGAGGCGUUUACCCCGGAGCUGCAGCGGCCGGUGCAGCCGGCACGGGACUGGUGGCAAGCAAUGUGUACCGUUCGCAUGGUCAUAAUGCAACCGGGGGUGGAUUUGGCAGUGGUUUGGCACACUCUCCGCCCGGUGCAUACCCGGCCUACCCGGUCCAGCAGCCGCAAGGAUUCCCGGGCGCACCGGUACAGCAUCCAGGCGGUGGAUUCCCCGCACCCGGAUAUCAACCGCAGGGAGGAUACGUGCCACAGCAGCAGCCGGGUGGUUUCCCCCAUCAACCGUCGUACGUCCCCGGGGGACAUUACGAUCAGGGACACUACCAGGGACAACCGGGACAGACGGUGGUGCACCAUUACGAGCAGCCGCAGUCCAGUGGGGGCAGUGGAAUCGGCACGGUACUGGGAGCAGGUGCAGCAGGUCUUGCUGCGGGUAUUGGCGGUGCGGCACUGUACGACGCACUGAAGCCGAAGGACGCGAAGGAAGAGCCAGCGGCAACGACGGCAGCGACGGCAACUCCUGCUGCUGCUGCAGCCCCUGCAGAGACACCUGCUCCACUGGCGAACCCGAACGGUGAUGCUCCACUGGCUCCUCUUCCGGUCAACCCCAAUGGAGAUGCUCCACUCGCACCGAUCCCAACGGAAGCCACACCAUUAGCAACGACACCAGCGGCAGAAGGUGAAACUACGGCCACCACCACAACCCUCGAAACCAGCUCAUCGGAGAACCCGCUCGGUAUGGCCCCGCUAGCCCCAAUGCCGGAUUCAGCUCCUGCCACCCCGGCCGACGGUACACCGAAUGCAUCCGGAUCGGACGUGGAGGUGCGGCACUCGUCCCUCAACGUCCAGCCCGACCUGUCCGCCUCGAUGGCCGAACCGGCGAAGGGUGGAGCGGCCGAGAUCGUUCGCCUGCCGUCCUCCAUUGCGAUGAUGCUCGGGCUGUUGCCGUUCGUUGUGAAGUAUCUUCGCUUUUAAGCCACCAGAGGGCAACGCGCACCCAGCAGCGUCUAUUGUAAAUAUCGGGGGAAAAACACCUGUCAGGGGUUGUAAAGGGAGUUGGGGAACGAGUUGGAGAGUUGUGUUACUGUGCCACUACUUUUUUGUAGUUUUCCCUUUUACCGGGCGGUGCGUCGAUGACCGAUGCGAGUAUUGUUUUUUGCUCUGUUGUUUUUUUCUUUGCCCGUUUGCGUUGUAAUAUGUUUUAGUACGGUUAGUCCGGUUAAGGUAGAGUCUGCCGGAGCAGGGAGCCGAGGUAAACGAGUAAACGAAUGUUCAAUGUUUGAAUUUUUAAAGAAACGAAACAACGAUAUGUGUAAUAAAUAAGGUUAAACGAAAAAUU